AUGGUCCAAAUAGCCCGGAGAUUUGGUCCAGCAGAAGCCAGCCGUGCACUUGCUCCUUUGCAGUCUUUGACCCCGACCAAACAUGCGCCGGCGUUGACUUUACCAGCGCUCCUGGAGCCCCGAUCCCAAACCCUUCUGUCCGGCCGUCCACGAGAUGGCCUGACCGGCGGGGCUGACCGACGACCUCCUGGCGGAGAUCUUCCUCCGCCUGCCCGAGCCAGCCGACUCCGCGCCUCGGCCGCGUGCGUCUCCUACCGCCGUCUCGUUGCCGACCGCGCCUUCCUCCGCCGCUUCCGCUCGCUCCACCCCGCCCCGCUCGUCGGCUUCCUCGACAACAACGACUUCCACCCGGCGCUCCCGCCCCACGCCUCGGCGCCCGCCGCGCGCGCCGUCUCCCUCGCUGCGGAUUUCUCCUUCUCCUUCCUCCCCUCCCCGGACCGCUGGGUUGUCCGCGACGUCCGCAACGGCCGCGUCCUCCUCGACUGCGCACCCGAGGACGCGGGUGAGGAGCAUCCUGUAUUCACGGAGAUCGCGGUUUGCGACCCCUUGCACCGCCGGUGCGUCCUGCUCCCCUCGGUCCCCGACGACCUGACCAACUCGGUGGAGCUCCCACGCCGCGUGGAGUUCGACCGCUGGUGCGAGCUCUUCCUCGCUCCCCGCGGAGAUGACGGCGCCGAGGAUGCUGCGGCGGCUGACGAGACGUCGUUUGAAGUGGUCUGGAUGGCGCAGUGCAAAUCCAAGCUGGUUGCCUUCGCCUUCUCUUCCAGUACCGGGCAAUGGCGAGCUGUCGCGUCCCUGGCCUGGAGCGAUCUGAUGACGGGCGCGGGCGUGUCGUCACGGAGCCCUGUGUUCUUCGGGCGCCAAUACGCCCUCGGCUGCUUCUACUGGAUCAUGGAUUUGCGAGACAAGUUGCUCAUGCUCAACGCCGGGAGGAUGGAGUUCUCCAUUGCUGACCUCCCACCCGGCUGCCAUAGGCGACAGAUCGCAAUUGUGGAGGCAGGGGAAGCCAGGGUCGGGAUGUUUGUCCUCCGUGAUCACAUUGCAGAUGGCGCAGUUAGCCUCCAUUAUACAGUUAGGAGAGGCGAUGGUGACGAUUCCAACUACUGGCAGAUGGAGAAGAUAAUCCCAUUGGAUCCUGGGUUUCGGCAUUACAUCAGGGGUGCAACGGAGAGGUACUUACUCCUGCUAAGGUUUCCUGAACACCUUAGCUCAUCAGGGGUGCAUGUAAGCUCAUCGGUGGAGAGGGCAGACUUAGAAUGCUUUUCACUGGACGUCAAGACUAUGCAGCUUGAGAGGUUGUGUGAGUUGAAGCACCACAUUCUACGUGCCCACAUAUAUACCAACUUUCCACCAUCGCUGUCGUCACAGACUAUCUAAUCUUCAGUGGAGUCGUGGUUAGAGCAACGUUCUAGUCCUCAAGGCUCAAAAUGAUAGAGUGAGCUUGCUGUAUGAACUGUCAGACUGUGUCCCAAAUUUCCCAUAUUCUCAUAGACGUGUGGAACUUCAUGUUGUGUUGUUUUGGUUAGAAUGAUGAUAUAGUAAGAAACAUCUGAUUGUACUGCAUACCCAGUAUAGUUACACUUGUGGAGCUGGUAUUGUUCGUGUGUAUAAUUAAACGGUCGUGGGAUUGGAGUUAUUACCACAGUCAGAAAAUGUCUUUGCAUUUCUGCCAUGUUUGUGUGCUGUGUGCAGUAUGUAUCCAAAAUGCCCAAAAGAAUUCAUCUGUACGAGAUGGUACUAAUGUACGGGUACUACUUCUGUAGGGACA